AUGGCAGAAGGAUUCAACGGUAUGGCCAUGGACCAACCCGCUGGCGCAUCCAAAACCAACCCCUACGCCGCCGAAUCCUGGCUCGAACCCUGGCUCAUCAAACACUCGGAAUUCUAUCGCAAACACCUGACCCGCGACGGUCGACGCGAAAGCAAAUCCACCCGCCGCCACAAUGAGGUCGCUGAGGGCCUUGAGUCGAGAAAGAACUCUGUCGCCGCACCUACUAUCCCAGAAGCUCAAGCUACGAGAGCCAUGCCUGCUCCAGCCGAACAGUCGCCGAGACAGAGUGCUGAGUCGGAAAAUGAAGAUACUCCGGCUGCAGCUGCCGAACAAACUUCGACUUCAAAGAAGGAUAAACUGCUUCACGGAUGGAGAAAGAACAUCUCUUGGUUCCCUCAUCCUUAA